CUUCCAUCCAUCCAUCCGACCAUCCUUCCACUGCGUCCGGCCUUCUCGCGUCAAUUCACCAUUGCUUGUCUGCCUGUUCUGGCGUCGUCCCUCGCUUCGUUCCAUCUUUUUCCUUUUGCCGCGAGCGUUUGCUUUACCUGCCUAGCGUCGUAUACGAACGAACGGAAAAACUAGUCCUCGAGAUGUGACACGGAACGACGAGCCCUCGGAUCCCCACGACGACGACCAUGACCACAAACCAGCUUCAUGGCCUGCCUGCAUCCUCAUCAGCGUCCUCGGCAGCCCUGCGCGGGGCGAGCCUAGCAUUUCAGAACAGCAACAAGUCUCGUGGCCUGGCAGCACCCUCGACGGACUCCCACGAUCGCGCGUUGGCCGCUGCGACAAUAAGCGCCCAGACAACAGGGGGCAGCACCACCGGACUGCCGGACAUUGACCACCAGCAAGCGCGCACCAUUAUCAAUUCCAGGCUGCAGCAACAAACUCAAUACCUAUCACCCAAGAAUGGAGGCAAAGACGCGAGCUUCAUCGCCGCCACACUGGCGGCGAGUAGGAGCGCUAGCCCGAGUCCCAGAGUGAGGAGGUCGCCGAGCGUGAAUACGAUUGGAUCACAUACGGGGUCGCCGUCACAUUAUGCACACAUGUCGCAUCUUGGAUCGCCUACCGCCACCGAACAUGUCGAUGCUGCGAGCAUUCCGCCUACCGGGAAUUUAAUCCGAAUGUUUGAGGGUGGUAGUCCUAGGAGAAGGCAUGGAGGUAGCGUCGACGAGGGAAUGAUUGCGCGCAGAAGGUCGACGCCUUCGCCGAAACGGGUCCAAAGAUUGCCGAGAGAUCCAUCCAAGGAGAGUCUAGAGGAAAAAGAGGAGGAGGCUGAUCAUAAGCAUGAGAAAGCCCCCGAUGUACCGCCCCGGCAGUCGGCCCGGCCAAAGACACCACAUCCAAAGCCGGCCAUUAUACAGCAGAAACCGACCCCCGAGAGGAUCAGCAGGAAACAGGACAAACCAUCGCCGGCAUCGCGGGCUCACACUCCCACCCCAACCCCGAAACCAGUGGCCGAAAGACAACCACGGACGACAAAAGAUGACACCGCGAGGGAUGAGGUCGAGAAGCCGAGGCCAAAGCCAAAGCCAGUGGACGCGCAGAAAAGGCCGAGCAAACCUCCAAAACCGGCAGCCGUAGACCCAAAGCCCCCCCAGACACCGACUACGAAACCAAUCCCGGAGUCCACAUCGUACAACAUGGCGGAGCUUCGAUCACCGGUACUCGGGCAAUCAUCAUCGACGCCUGAGAUUCAAUCUCCAGCACCUAGAAGACUGAACAAAUUGCCGUUGCCACCGCCCACUCCACCCCAGCAUUCAAAGACCAUCAGCCGGCCUUCCCCCCAGCUGCUAUCUCCAGGCGACCCUGAGAAGCGCGACUCGCCUCGGGCCAAAAAGCCGCAACCGCAGCCACCAACACCCCCCAAACCGCGAGGAAGCACCAGGGGCGUCAACAGGGCUGGUUCGCUGAAGCACGGGCUGGGCCGUAUAAAAACGAGCGAGCUGGACUUGGCGAGGACAUCUGAGACUGACUCACCACAAGACGUCUUUGUCUCGGCUCCGACCUCCCCCACGUACAGCUCCCCACCACCGCAACAAACGUCGCAGCGGUUGCCGUCGCCCACUGAAAGGGACAUUGGCCGCAAUACCCCGUCACCCACUCGAUGGUCGCAGCGACCGUCGCAGCAACCGUCGAGGAACAAUCUUGACCUUGACUCGCUCACGAGCGCCAUCAUGGCCGGCUCCUUGGCCUCCUCACGCCUCACACCGUCCAACACGGGCUCGACGAUGCCACCGAUACUGCCACAGCGCACACGGUCACCUCGUCUGCGCACCACGAUGCGCAAUACAGCUGCGCAAAGUUCCGAUAGCGAGGAUGACCGGCACAAGAAGAGUCGUCGCCCCAAGCUGCGAAGCGGGAAACAUGCCCACCACGAGGGUGCGCGGAAGAAGUGGCGCGACCAGAUCCGCCAACGGGAGCGAAAACGAUAUGAAGCGGUAUGGGCAUCCAACAGGGGAUACCACCUGCCCACCACGUCCUCCGGCACCAGCAGCAUCCGUUCCGGCACCAGAGACGGGACGUCAGCAGCAGCAGCAUCGUCAGUCGACUAUGCCGAGUACAUCGCCAACGUCGUGGUCAGGGACAUUUGGCGGCGCUCGAGGCUGCCGGAGGACGAGCUGGUGGAAGUAUGGGAACUCGUGGACCGGAAGAGGCGCGGCAUGUUGGACCGGGCCGAGUUUGUGGUGGGCAUGUGGCUCAUCGACCAGCGUCUCCGGGGCCGCAAGAUCCCACAGAAGGUGUCGGACAGCGUGUGGGCGAGCGCGAAUGGUAUGCUGCGGGUGAAGACACCCAAGAGGCAUUGACCGGGGGUUCGGCUGCAUGUAUUUAGAUAGCGCAUACCCUUGCUUGCACGUAGCAUAGCGUUGCUGUUUGUCUCCUGCGCGCGCUUACAAUUGUACAUUCACACU